UUCUACUAUAGCACCACACUCACUCACUCUUGCCACCUUUCCCCUCCCCCAGUCCUAGAGAGAGAAAACAGCUGCUCGCCUCUGAGUUUGCACGGUGCAUCUAGUAGCUGCUAGCUAGCUAGGCUAGGCUAUGGCUGAGUAGGUAGUGGCAAGCUACUGUGUAUAGCUGAUGCAGUCUCUCUCACUCGCACAAGCACACACCUGUGUUUUUGGCAGAUGAGGAUGUCCUGUCACGGAAGCUGCAGCGAGCCCAGCCCCAGCCCCAGAUGCUGCUGCUGGACGUGCACCCCUAUUAAGCCCGCCAGGAGAUGCACGCCCUCCCCCUCAACCCCCUCAUGCUCCUCGCUAGCCACCACCGCCGACUCCGGCCGCCGCCGCUGCUCCUGCACCACUGCGGGUUCGCGCCGGUGAAGAAGCUCAAGCUGGUAACCGUCGAAGCUAUUGCUAUGCUCGGCUCACUCCACCACUCCUCCUCUGACACCGACAACAAUGACAACAAGAACGGCAACAACAACAGCGGCGUCCUCGCGGCGGCGGUGCCGUCCACGCGGGAGCUCUUGCUGGCGUGCGCCGACCUGCUGCAGCGCGGGGACCUCCCGUCAGCGCGUCGCGCCGCGGGGGUCCUGCUGUCCGCGGCGUCCCCGCGCGCGGACGCAGCCGACCGGCUCGCCUACCACUUCGCGCGCGCGCUCGCGCUCCGGGCGGACGCCAAGGCCGUCGGGCGCGGCGUCGACCCGGGCUUGGUAGCCGCCGCCUCAGCGCGGCCGGCGUCGUCGGGCGCGUACCUCGCGUUCAAUCAGAUCGCGCCGUUCCUGCGGUACGCGCACCUGACGGCGAACCAGGCUAUCCUGGACGCCGUUGAGGGAGCGCGCCGCGUCCACAUCCUCGACCUCGACGCCGCGCACGGCGUGCAGUGGCCACCGCUCCUCCAGGCGAUCGCCGACCGCGCCGACCCGGCCGCGGGGCCGCCCGAAGUCCGCAUCACGGGCGCCGGCGCCGACUGCGACACCCUCCUCCGCACCGGCAGCCGCCUCCGCGCCUUCGCUCGCUCCAUCCAGCUCCCCUUUCACUUCACACCGCUCCUCCUCUCCUGCGCCGCCACCCACCAGGGCGCCGGCGCGAGUACCACGGCUGACUCGAGCGCGGCCACGAGCCUGGAGUUGCAUCCGGACGAGACGCUGGCUGUGAACUGCGUCAUGUUCUUGCACAAACUGGGAGGGCAGGACGAGCUGGCCGCCUUCUUGAAGUGGGUGAAGGCCAUGGCCCCCGCCGUAGUGACCAUCGCCGAGAGGGAGACAGCUGGCGGGGGCUUCGACCGCAUCGACGACCUGCCUUGGCGGGUGGCGGUGGCCAUGGAUUACUACUCGGCGGUGUUCGAGGCGCUCGAGGCGACCGUGCCGCCGGGGAGCCGGGAGCGGCUGGCGGUGGAACAGGAGGUGCUCGGCAGGGAGAUAGAGGCCGCGCUGGGGCCCUCCGGCGGGAGGUGGUGGAGCGGGCUCGAGCGGUGGGGUGCCGCCGCACGCGCCGCCGGGUUCGCGGCGCGGCCGCUCAGCGCGUUCGCCGUGUCGCAGGCGCGGCUGCUGCUGCGGUUGCAUUACCCGUCGGAGGGCUACCUCGUUCAGGAGGCGCGCGGUGCGUGCUUCCUCGGGUGGCAGACGCGGCCGCUGCUGUCCGUGUCGUCGUGGCAGUAGCCCACCACCGCCAUUGGCGCGCCUUCUACUUGCUGAAUGCGUGCAUUCGAUGCAUACCGCCGGUGGCGGCGACGAUGGCGUAGGGUUUGCUUGCUCACUGGUCACUACCUCAUAUUUAUAUAUCUAAAGAGUAUAUAUGAGCAUUGCAUUUUGGUUUUGAAGGACUAUAUAUGAGCAUUGCAUUUUGGUUUUGAAGGAUGAGUUGUUGGAUUUGCAAGGAGGAAACCCUAACCCUAGCUUGCUGCAUGGUUAAUCGUUGUUAAUCCUAAGCUGAUUGGAUGGCCGGUUGAUCACUGUCGGUUAAUUGAGGAGUUCAUAUAUAGCUUUGCAUGCAUGGGGAAGGCAUGGAACAAGUGAAGCUUGGUGAGGCCAGCUGCUGCUGCUUCUACCAGUUCUACGUACUAGAACCAACUCUGUUGAUUUCCCCUCUUUUUCUUUGUUUAUUUCUCUCACUAGUUCAUGUUGGACAUUCUAUAUAUAUAUAGUUCUAGGGAGAUUUUGUCUAUA